GGCGUGCGUGGUUUACAGUUAAACUGCCCCUCGAAUAUAGUACGUGCCCCUCAUAUUUAUAAACAUUCUCAAUUUCCCCUUUUCGUAUCGAUAUCAAUAUUAAUAAUCCACCGCUAAAUAAACCUAACCAAAUCUCAAACUAAAAACUUCAAUUUCAUUUCAUUUUUCUCUGCUUACAAAACAUAAAACUCAGGUAUCAUAUUGAUAUCAAAAGAUGUUAGAGCAGUUACUGAUAUUCACAAGAGGGGGAUUAAUCCUCUGGUCAUGCAAAGAAUUGGGUAACGCUUUGAAAGGAUCACCGAUCGAUACUUUGAUUCGAUCGUGUCUUCUCGAGGAACGAUCCGGUGCGGCAUCUUACAACUACGAUGCACCUGGUGCUUCCUAUUCCCUCAAAUGGACCUUUCACAAUGACCUAGGUCUUGUCUUCGUCGCCGUUUAUCAACGGAUCCUUCAUCUCUUGUACGUCGACGAUUUACUUGCUGCCGUCAAGAGAGAAUUCUCUCAGGUUUACGAUCCCACGAGGACCGUCUACCGAGAUUUCGACGAGAUUUUCAAGCAGCUUAAGAUUGAAGCCGAGGCUCGCGCCGAGGAUUUGAAGAAAUCGAAUCCUGUUGUUGUUGGCGGGAAUAGGAAGCAACAGGCCACGUGGCAGGGUGAUGGAUCUGAAGGUAAGAAGAAUGGUGGUGGUUUGAAAGGUGAAGGUGGUUUGAAAAAUGAUGGUGGUGAUGGGAAAAAAGGGAAUAAUAAUAAUAAUAACAAUAAUAAAUUAGAGAAUGGCCGUGUAAAUGGUUCUAACUUGAAGAGUAAUGGUGGUAAUGUUAGUGUAAAUGGUAAAGAGAAUGAUAGUUCAAAUAAUGGGGCUUUUGAUGUAAAUAGGCUCCAGAAGCUUAGGACAAAAAGUGCGAAUGGAAAGAAGGCAACAGACAAUGUUGUAUCCAAAGCAGAGCCCAAAAAGGCGGUUAAGAAAAAUAGGGUUUGGGAUGAAAAACCUCCUGAAACCAAACUGGAUUUUACUGAUCAUGUGGAUGUUGAUGGGGGUGAGGAUAAGGAUAGGAAAGUUGAUUUUUUGGCUAAGGAACAGGGGGAGAGUAUGAUGGAUAAAGAUGAGAUUCUUAGUAGUGAUAGUGAGGAUGAAGAGGAUGAGGAUGACGAUGAUGCUGAGAAGAAUAGCAAGCCUGAUGCUAAAAAGAAGGGUUGGUUUUCAUCUAUGUUCCAGAGUAUUGCUGGGAAGGCUAAUUUGGAGAAGUCUGACUUGGAACCAGCUUUGAAAGCUCUGAAGGAUAGACUCAUGACUAAGAAUGUGGCUGAGGAAAUAGCUGAGAAGCUAUGUGAAUCAGUGGCCGCAAGUCUUGAAGGAAAAAAACUGGCUUCAUUUACAAGGAUAUCUUCCACAGUGCAGGCGGCAAUGGAAGAAGCACUUGUCCGGAUUUUAACUCCUAGGCGUUCUAUUGACAUACUGAGGGAUGUUCAUGCUGCAAAGGAACAAAGGAAACCAUAUGUUGUUGUAUUUGUUGGAGUUAAUGGAGUUGGAAAAUCUACUAAUCUUGCUAAGGUUGCUUACUGGCUUCUGCAACACAACGUUAAAGUCAUGAUGGCUGCUUGUGAUACAUUUCGGUCAGGAGCUGUUGAGCAGUUGCGGACACAUGCUCGUAGACUUCAGAUCCCUAUAUUUGAGAAGGGUUAUGAAAAAGAUCCUGCUGUUGUGGCUAAAGAAGCAAUUCAGGAAGCUUCGCGGAAUGGUUCAGAUGUGGUUCUAGUUGAUACAGCUGGUCGUAUGCAGGACAAUGAGCCAUUGAUGAGAGCGCUGUCAAAGCUGAUCUACCUUAACAAUCCUGAUCUGGUCUUAUUUGUUGGAGAAGCACUGGUUGGCAAUGAUGCAGUUGAUCAGCUUUCAAAGUUCAACCAGAAACUGGCCGACCUCUCCACAUCUCCUACACCCAGAUUGAUAGACGGUAUCUUGCUCACAAAGUUUGACACAAUUGAUGAUAAGGUGGGAGCUGCACUUUCAAUGGUUUACAUAUCUGGAGCUCCAGUCAUGUUUGUGGGAUGUGGACAGUCCUAUACCGACCUUAAGAAACUCAACGUCAAGUCCAUUGUGAAGACACUCCUUAAAUGAGGGAACAAACUAUUUUAUUUUCGGUUGCAAGGCUCUUCACCUGUGACCUGUCACGAAUGUUUUCAGUUUGACUAUUACCUUGAUGAUCCCUGUUUGUUAAUCCCAAUACUCUGUUGGCAAAACUGUGGCUAUGACUUUGGAUGCAAUUUGGUUUGUUUAAUAUUAGAAAGCUUUCUUUCUCCUUUUAUAUA